CUAUUGGCCAGACAUGAAGUGACACCCAUCGCCGCUUCCUGAGUGUAAAGCUGCAGGCGUGGCUGCGGGUGAUCAGUGUACUGGGACACAUCACAGGAAGAGAGCAAGAUUAAAGGACGCUGCUGGCGGCGUCCGAUUUAAUCUACAAACAAGAGCACAAUGGUGGAAGAAACGAAACAGCGAAAAAACGUCACUUCCCUCCGGGCUGGACCUGGUGAGGUAGACCACAGCACUCGCUAUAACGUCGAUACGAGAGUUUCCCAGCGUAUCGGACGACAGCUGGCUCUUAUAGGGGACGAAUUGGACUCUAAGUGGCGCGAACAAUUGCCCCUCCAAUGGCAGCCCCUGAAUUUUGGAAUCUAUCCGUACGUCCUAACCAGGAGAGCAUUCUCUGGCAGGAUCUUCAACAACGUCUGGGGGUCCAAAAUUAUGCCAGUGCUGAGGACGUCCUGGCUGGUUCCACAUCUUCAAAAUGGCCGCCAGGAGGCCAAGAAGUGGGCGGCCUUGGUAUCCAACUUGCCCGUUGCCGACUGGUCUCGCAGGACCACGUGUAUACUAGCAUCUGCUUUACUUCUGGUCACCGUUUCCAUCUUCCUUAUAACUUGGAACGAAUAUGAAGGCUGAACGUGACAUCGAGGGGGUCAAGAGCUGGUCUUUGGCUCAAAUGUAACCGAAGCUGAUUUUUUAAAGAAAACUGCUUAUUUUAAAAUCUCUUUUAUAACUGAUUUGAAUGAAGUGCUGGUUCACAUAUAAGUCAAUAUGUGCAGGAUUUUGACAAAGGUUGUUUUUUUUGUGUGUGUGUUUUGGGUCUACUGCUGGAUAUUUGGGCCAAUGAAUUGUUACCUCUUCCUCUAAAAGCAUUUCUGCACUACUAAAGGAAGCUGGACUUUCCAAACCAACAAGCGCAAUAAAACUUUUAAAAAGAAAAACAAA